CCCCGCGCCAUGCCGCCCCGAAAGUUCACCGCCGCCCUGGCGGGCCCCCUAGCUACCCCUCUUCCCCCUCCCCCACCUUCCCCACUUGUCCAGCGGCUCCGGACAGACUGGCGAUGGGCCGGCAUCUCACAGUUCAUAUGGACCUUCUCGGAUGCCUUUGGGUUGCUGGACUGGGACAUCGAGACGCUCGAGGCGCAUCUGGACAAGGAUGAGCUGGGGAUGAUGCCCGACUUGCUCGCCAAGAUGCUAUAUGCCUUGACGUAUAAUCGGCAGAUCAACCGGGAUAACGCGUUUGAGCACCUUCGAAAGCAGUACGCCAAACGAGCUCCGGAUCAGCUGGUACUAGGGACGGAGGAAGAGCCGCGGGAAUGGGCCGCACUGGGACUGUCUGAGAAGGUUCAGGUACUAUGGGACCUGUGCGAAUGGCAGAUGGCCGACCCGGCGCGCUUCAGGGCUCUACUGAAGAGCGAGGAAGAGGCUGUGUCUUGGCGCAUAGAACCGGUCGGAUGGGACAAGGACGGCAACACGUACUUCCUCUUCGAUGACAAUCGUCUCUGGGUUCAGCGGUACCGGGCACCCCCUCCCCGCCCAGCGAAAAAGGCCUCGGUCAUACCUAAAAAGUCCCACAAAAAGAAACCUCGCCCCACCGCUGAAAGCUCCACGUCAACACCACGUCCCAAAGCCGCCAAGAAGAAGCGGCCUGUCUCGCCUGACCUCACUCCUCCUCCCCCACUCGCCGAGCCAGAAGAUACGCCCGUUUCUGGACCGAGGAAGCGCACUCAGGUAGCCUUCUACGGAAACCCGCUCAAGACGGUCGAAGCGCUACGGCGAGGCGGCCCGCCACCUGCGCAUACGCCAUCGAGUAGCAAGAUCACACGCAGUAGCUCGCGAGGCGGUCUCGCUGCUGUCGCUGCUGCGCCAAUAGCGGACUCGACGCCUUCGCGGGCACCGGCCAAGACAAAGGCGAAGCCUACGCCAGAGGCUACGUCGGUAUCUCGGAGUUCGAGAGCUACGCGCCGGACGAGGGACGCGGAGGACACUUGGCAGGCUAUCCCUGCGGAAUGGCUGGAUCCCGAGGCGUCUGCGUCGCCGGUCAAGGCGGAGCCGAAGGGGCGGAAAGGGAAGCGAAAGGCGUCAGCGGUGGAGGAGGAGAGCGAGUUGAGCUCUUUGACGGAUGAAGCAGCUGCGGACGAGGCGGUCGAUGUCAACGACAAGGGGGAGGAGGAGAAGGUAGUCGAGGGCGGAGAAACUGCGGUACCUGAGGACGUGGAGAUGAAGGACGAAGUGGCAGGAGUGAAGCCAGCUGAGGAGGCAAAGGUGGAAACUGAGGAGGGGGCGAAGGAGGAGGACAAUGAGGGGAACAAGGAGGAUGCCAAGGAAGAAGUCAAGGGGGACGCUGAAGAGGAGGCCAAGCAGGACGCCAGUAGGGAGGCCAAAGAGGAGGCUAAAGUAGAGGCGAAAACGGAGGAAAUGGAAGAGACGGAUGAGGUCAAGCUGGCGGUCAAAGAAGCUGCGAACAUCCCCGAGGGUUUCGUCGAAUGGGAGGCUGUCUGCGUGACCCUCUACGACUGGCGCACAUUUCCCGAACAGUUUGCCAAGUCUCGCAAUCCGGACGAGAAGAAUUUGUACACGUUCCUUACUCAGGCUGUUGGUCCUGCUGUCAUUACCGCACUCCUCGCCAAAGAGAACGAACGCCUCCGCCAGGAAGCCAUCAACAACCGCAAGCGCUCUUCUCGAAUCGCGACGAAAGAGCUCGAAAAGGAGGAGAUCUUACGGCGCGAGAAGGCCCAACGGGAGAUGGAAGAGCGCAUGGAGAAGUCCCGGCGGGACGAGAAUUCCAAAGCUACAGUGGAAGCUACGGCGAUCUCGCAAGAGAAGGCACGAGAGGACCGGGUCAAGGAGCGAGAAGACCGGAUAGCGGCGCGCGAGCUGGCCGCAGUGCAAAAGGCGGAGGAGGAACAAAAGGCCAAGGAUAAGGCGGAUCGAGCGAGGAUCAGGCGGCAGAGGAGGAGGGAGGGCGAGGUGGUCGAGACGAGCGAGGAGAGCGAGGGCGAGGGAUCGGUCAGGCCGUCGACUGCUAAACGGAGUCGGGUCAGCACGCCUGUCGUGCCUGCCAAAAAGGGCAGGAAGGCCUCGGAUGAAGGAUGGGAAUUGAAUUGCGAGGUGUGUAGGAAGUCGGGGUGGAAUAUCGAUGACGACCAAGAUGUGGUUUCAUGCGAUGACUGCGGGAAGUGGCAGCACACCGAUUGCCACGAUAAGCUGGAUGCGGCGGAAGGGCGCCCGAGGAGGAAUUGGGAUAAGGUGGACUUCAAGUGCAAAGAGUGCCGCCGCAAAGCCGCUCGAAAGCGC